CCCAAACCUCAAGCUGAUAGAGCCAGUGACCAGCUGGCAGGAUGGGGACUGCAGCAGUGUCUCCUGCACCCAGAGUGUCUUGCUGUGUUGCGGGGCUCACCACUGCAGGCUGAAGUCAUCAAAAAAGACUGAAAUCCUAGAGAGGGACAACUUGCUAAAAGCAGAGCUCUCCAGUACUGUAGAUGGAGCGCUGGAUAUGCUGCCUUUGCUCCAGAGUUGCAGAUCCAUUGAUGCUGCUCCUGGUUUUGGCUCUGAUCUCUAACCCUUCCACAGCAGCAACAGCUUCUCCGUCUGUGCCCCACAUCAAACCCAGCUACAGUUUUGGCCGGACUUUCCUGGGACUUGAUAAAUGCAACGCCUGCAUUGGGACAUCCAUAUGCAAGAAGUUCUUUAAAGAGGAAAUAAGGUUUGACACCUGGCUUUCUUCUCAUUUAAAGCUGCCCCCCAGCUCACUGCUCAGCUACUCGGGCAACUACACCGACGAUGCCAAGAGCUGGCGGCUGGUGGACAUCACCCGGCUGACCUCCAAGUACCAGCAUGACCGGGCGGACAAGCGCAUCUGCACCUCCCUGCUCAAGACGAAGACCUGCAGCCUGGAGCGUGCCCUGCGCCGCACCCAGCGCUUCCAGAAGUGGCUGCGGGCCAAGCGCCUCACCCCCGACCUGGUCCAGGGCCUGUCCAGCCCAAUGCUGCGCUGCCCAUCCCAGCGCCUCCUGGACAGGAUCGUGCGGCGCUACGCGGAGGUGCCAGACGCCGGCAGCAUCUACAUGGAUCACCUCACGGACCGGGACAAGCUGCGCCUGCUGUACACCCUGGCAGUGAACUCACACCCCAUCCUCCUACAGAUCUUCCCUGACGUGGAGGGCUGGCCCUUCCCACGGUACCUGGGUUCCUGCGGGCGCCUGGUGGUCAGCGCCAGCACCCGGCCCCUGCGCGACUUCUUCGGCGCGGCCCCCGAGGUGGCCGCGGACCUGGCCCUGCAGCUCCUCGCCGUGCUGCGCUCCAUGGGCACCAACGACCUCAACUACUUCUUCUACUUCACCCACGUGGAUGCUGGCACCUUCGGCGUGUUCAGCAACGGGCAUCUGUUCAUCCGGGAUGCCAGCACGCUGGGCAUCAUCGACAAGGAGGAAGGGAGCCAGCUGAUCGAUGGCCAGCAGGAGUAUAAAGAUAUAUUCAGCUGCCUGACUGUGGACUGCCAGUAUCCAUUUGUGUCCUGUGACUCCAUCAGGGAGAAGCACAGCCUUGUCAUGGUGUGUCAAGAGCUUUUGCCAAAGCUCCUGACGGGGAAAUUCCAGCCCCCCGUGCAGGAGAAGAUCGACACUUUCCUGCAGCGCUGCGCCCGCGGCCUCGGCGAUGACCGCGGUGUCAACGAGGCCAUCGCGGAGCUGGCAGAGAUCCUGAAACCCCUGCGCUCCUGCGACUCCCGCUUUGCCUACCGCUACCCUGACUGCAGAUACAGCGACAAAUACUGACACAGGAGCAGGCCCUGGCAAGGACUGGGGCAGUGUCAGCCCCGUCCCAGUGCGGGAAGCGACCAGGAACCAGGGUAGCUGGAAACAGCUGCCCCAAAUCCGGGGUGUUCUCGGCAUAGAAGGAGGGAGCAGAGUGCACAUGGGAUUUAUUAUUCAUCUCCCAGAGAUGCAUUUGUUACAUGGGAUGUAGACAUGAUGUAUGGAUUAUGGAUUAUUAGCAUUGUCAUGACUGACAAGAGGCCACAGGAUUAAUAAAUCUCAUUCACAUGUUUUGGCCUUGGAAGGGUUUCCCAUGCCAUUUGUUGAAAAGCAAGGCGGGAUGCUCACAACCAGCUAGACAGAGGAUCUUUAUUUCCAAGAAAGUCUCUCUGAUGGACAUGAUAUAUAUAUAUAAUGUGGGAUGGAUGGAUGGAUGGAUGGAUGGAAGCACUUAAGACUUUCCCUGUGGCUAUUUUUAGUGUGCUAAGAAUCAUAGAUAAACUGAAUGACUGGAUCAGUUCUGUACCAUCACCCAUCACAGAUCACUUCUAUAAAAUAUUUAAAUUUUCUUGAUGGCACACAGAACAGAAAGACACAAUCAACAUCAUUAAAAAGCUGAAAGGUUCCGUGUCCUUUGAGACUUAAUUUCUCUGAUCCCCAAAUAUAAUUGCUUCUAGUCUUUCCCAAGUCAAUGGACAGCAAUCAGAGACUAAUACAGGGUUUUGGUUUAAGAUGAGGAAAAAAAAUCCCAGCUCUGGGAUAGGAUUGUUCAGCAGGUAAUUUCACAUUAUUCUCUCUAAAGUGGAGGAACCAUUUGCAUGAAACCAUUCAGGUGGGAAAAUUACCUUAAGAGGAGAAGCGACACAGGCAGAGGAUGAGACAUUAAUUUACACUGAGCCUGACAAGACUUGCCAAACACUCAAUACUCCAGUGAAGGUGCUGGGGCACCUCCCAAGAGCUGGGGAGAUGUAAAUUCUGACCAGAAAGAGCUACAGCCAUCCUCAUCCAUUUGCCUUCCAGAGGAGGAAUUGGUAAACCAGUCCCCAAAGGAAUGACUCAGGCACUUAAAAUUUGGGGUGGUGAACUCAUUUCACAGCAGUUGUCAACCCAGGGCCAGAUCCAGCUGCCUCAUUUUGCAGCAGAUGGUUGCAAAAGUGGCAAAACAUAACUUUUCUGAUCCACAGUCUGUCAGUCCCCCUCAUGUGAGUUCCCUGUGAGGUGUCAGAAGCCCACACCAAACCUUCCCUGAUGUGUAGGGGUUGGACAGACCUCACCUGGGUUUGGGGCUUUCUGCUGGGGUCAGGCAUGCAGGAGUCACUGAGCAAAUUUGACUGAGCUGAGUGAGAAACAAGGCUUUCUGGAUCAUCCAUGAGAAUUUUCAUCAUGGAAAGAGUCUAACUCCAGCCAUGGUUCAAAAAAUAAAUUGGUAACAACGUAAA